AUGGCUGGGAAAAAACGGAAGGCCGCCGAUGUCACUAGAGACAUCGAGGACUUGCAGUAUCGCCAGGAGAGAACGGAAUACCAGGUUGACUCCCUGACAAGGCGGGUGGAUCGGCUCGAACGUUCCACUGCGCUCGUUGUUGAGAACAGCCAGAAAGUGGAAGCUGUGUUUGCAGCGGCGGAAGAAACCCGGGCCUUCAAGACAGUCGCAAAGGGCUCAGCAGAGGCCCUCCUUGUGGAGCUGGCAGAACUUGUGGAGCUGCCUUACCCGGUCCCAGCAAGCACGCCGCAGCAAUGGCUCCAACAACAGGAACCGUAA